AUGGCGAGCUCAACCGAUCAUGAAGCAGCUGGAGGGCAAGUAUCCAAAGAUGCCACUGUCGAUGAAGUGGUAGUCACGCAGCCUAGUGAUACGCAGCAGGAAUAUGAGCGAUUAUUUGGCGUCGAUGAAGAUGCCUAUGACCAACCUACCACCACUCGGAAAGAGCUCUGGUCUUAUUAUCUCUACUAUAACGGUGACAAUGGCGUCGGUCCAGGCUCCUACAGCCAAGCCCUAUUUCAAUGGGCCUUGACGAAUGCCGGAUACAUACCCGACACCAACCCGCCUCAGCCUUGCACCGAUUCAUCCGCCUGCGUGGUGCCGUGGGCAGGUGGUACGCGAUCUACAUCCUCGGUGAUCUUGAUUGCCAACGGGCUCUGUUUUGCUUUCAUGACAGUCAUAUUUGUUUGGUUAGGAAGUGCUGCAGAUUACGGCUCUUUCGGACGAUGGCUUCUUCUGGCUCUGACGGUCGUCGCCUGGGCAUUACAAUACGGCAUGCUUGCAAUCCGACAGCCUAGCCAAUGGCCUGCUGCCAUGGGCAUGUACGUUGUGGCAUAUAUCGCCUAUGGCGCGACCCUGGUGUUUUAUGCUGCUGUCUUUCCUCGACUUGCACGGUACAUGCCACAUGUCCGAAAGGCUCGAGAUGAGCUUGGAGAAGGCAAGAUCAACCAGCAGGAAUACGAUGCGAUUGAGUCUUUGGAAAGAAAUCAUAUAAGCAAUAUCUCGACUGCGCAUAGCAAUAUUGGAUACUUCCUCACAUUGGUACUGAACUUGAGCGUUCUACUCCCGAUGCAGAAUAAUCAGUACUCGAAUAAUCUGGCACUGUGUCUCACUAAUUCAUAUUGGGUCGUGCUCGGGAUAUGGUGGUUUCUAUUUCAGCAAAAGCGACCCGGUCCUAGAGUCCCCAAGGGCUCAAAUUAUGCCACCAUUGGGUUCAAACAGAUUUGGCUUGCGAUGAGAGAGAUCCGAGCUCUUCCUCAGACCUUUCUGUACUUUGUGGCAUAUUUCUUGCUAGCAGAUGGGCUUAACACGACUGGAACUCUCGUCUCAAUUAUCCAAAACGACUACGUCUCAUUUUCCUUCUUGCAAAUCACCUACCUCGGUAUUACGCAAGCUGUCUGUUCUAUCACUUCAACAUUUGGGUUUUGGUACAUCCAGCGAUACUUCAAGCUGAAGACUAAGACCAUGUUCAUGAUCACCAAUUUCUUCAGUGUUUUCAUUCCAUUUUGGGGGAUGCUGGGGCUAUGGACCAGCCGAAUUGGCUAUCACCAUAGGUGGGAAUUUUACUUCUAUAAUGUGAUCUUUGGGUUGUUCCAAGCGCCGUAUUAUGCUUACGCCCAAACAAUGAUCAGCGAGCUCAUGCCUCGCGGCUAUGAUAACAUGUUUUUUGCACUGUUCGGAAUCACCAAUCGAGCAUCUUCCAUUAUUGGUCCGAAUGUCAUUCAGGCCAUCAUCAACGAUACCCGGAACAAUUGGAUGGGCUUCCCCUUCCUUUUUGCUAUUUGUACAGGUGCCAUGAUUGCAAUUGGAUUCGUGGACAUUGAGAAGGGUCGUGAAGACUGCCGAAAGUUUACCGAGCAGCGAAAGGUAGAUCGCGUUGUUGCGGAAACUGGAUUGAGCCCAGAUGACCUCGCGAAGGGGAAGGGAGUAGUGAGUGGAGAUAAUAAAGCCACAGAGGCUCAAUAG